CCGGGCCCCAGUGCCCCCCGGACGCAGUGCCGGCGCGACGCCUCCCCGACGGUUGCACCCGCGACAUGCGUUGACCCUGUCUCCCGCCACCCGAGAACCACCGCCGUAUACAUGGACAACUCUUGCCUCCUUGACCUCCUCAUCAGGUGCUUCGCCAUGACUGAGCCGGAGGACCUCAACUUCACGGCGUUCACCGACCUCUGUCGGCUGUGCUCCUUGAAGAGUGGUCCUCGGCUCCACAUAUUCGACAAAGAGUCGGAGCAGAGGCAGAUACUUUUCAAGCUUAGAACGUGUCUGCCGACUAUGCAGAUCUCGAAGGACGACUUCUUACCGAAGAAGAUCUGCGAGAGAUGCGUCACUCGACUGGAACAGCUGUACGAGUGGCGCCAGAGCUGCCUCAGCACCGACUCUGUACUUCGAAACUACGCCGAGAGCAUGAGGAUCGUCACAUCUACUAUAAACUUUCAGGAUGGAACGGUGAACAUGGAUAAAAUGACGGAGGCACAAAAAACUGCCUACCUGGAAGCGCAUGUAGCUGUACAACAACACAUGGCUCAGGCAGCGGCUGCGGCUCGCCGUGAGCAACAACAACAGCAGCAGCAACAACAACAACAGCAGCAACAGCAACAACAACAGCAACAACAGCAGCAGCAGCAGCAGCAACAACAACAACAACAGCAGCAGCAGCAACAACAACAACAGCAGCAGCAGCAGCAACAGCAGCAACAUCAACAACAACAAAAUAUCAACUCAAAUAACAGACAUCAUCAAGAAAUGCAAGCGCAAACCGGCAAUGCUCACCCCGGCCAUCCAUCGCCACCAACAGUUAGCUCUACGCAACACCAUUAUGCGACUAUCAAUUCACCCAUCAAGGUACCUCAAGUGAGCUCCAGUACAGGCGGACCAGACAGCACGUUCACCGUACCUGAUGAUGUCGGCAUGGGAUUCGAAGGAGGAGUACGGGUAUUACAAAGCCUUGGUAAUUGGUCACCGGAAGUAACCAAUAAUAUUCCGAGACCAAAUUUGAUUCCAUUCACGGAACCAUACGCCGAAGGUGGUUCCAUGCAUCCUGGAACCAGGCUUAAAGCAUUGCAAGGCACAGCGGUGAGAAAACAUCCGGCUAUUAAACCGACGAGUUCAACUAACGAAGGAAGCAAAGCUUUUGAAUGCACUGUUUGUGGGAAAGGUUUAGCAAGGAAAGACAAAUUAACUAUACACAUGAGGAUACAUACAGGAGAAAAGCCCUACGUGUGCGAGGUAUGCAAUAAAGCAUUCGCCCGUCGAGAUAAGCUCGUACUCCACAUGAACAAAUUAAAACACAUCACCCCUUCUAAUAUCGCGCCACUAGGGAAACGCACUAUAUCAAUACCACAUCUUGAUGACAACCCAUCAUUUUCAGCGUUAAAACUGGACGAUGUAAAGCCACAACUAACAAAGCAGGAGGAUACAAAACCGAGCCAGGCUGAAAUAGCAGCCGCUGCUCAGCAACAACAACAGCAGCAACAACAACAACAACAUUCUCACCAACAGCCGAUCCAGGUGUGCCAGGUACCUGGACACAGCUUUACGAACACAAACCUGGUCCACACGAGCGCUGCAUCGGCUGCUGUAGCGGCCGCCACCGCUGGCAUGGUGGUGUCAUGGUCAUGUGAACUAUGCGGGCGAUUGUUCGCUACAAGAGACGAGUGGAGUGCACACGCUAAAUCGCAUCUACCUGACAAUAAAUUGCUUCAAGACAAGAUGCAGCAGGCGACGCAACAUCAGCAACAAGAGAAGGUCCAUCUAUCGAAUCAGGAGAAACUACAGUUGUUACAUCACCACAAUCAAAAUCAACAAAUACUAAAUGGGCAUGGCAUCGCUACCGCAUCAGUGUCCACCGCUGCUGUCGUCAACGAAGGGGGAGGUGGCGGCGGCGGAGGGGCAUACUUCACCCACGGUCACACACACUACGCCCCGGAGAGACAGCACACACACGCGCAUCAUCUAUGUCUCAUGUGCAGACAGGAGUUCGCCGGCAAGGCGGAGUUCAUGUUCCAUGUAAGAGGACACUUCGAAGGUAAAGUGAGUGAUAUAGCAGCCGCUGAUGUGUUGGCACGAUCUCUAGUAGACAAUUCUGGACUGUGCACCUGAGCCACGCCUACGCCCAUAAGCGCAUUCCACACAGAUGCCUGCGGUAAGGGCGUCUUUCAAGACGACACUAUCAUGUUGAAGUUUUGAAACGAAAUGUGACAAGGGUAACGAUCUAAAUAAUAAUAAUAUAAGCAUAAUUUAUUAAUAUCUGUGCCCACAGUUCUACUGAUUGAGAGAUCAUAGUAGUUGCUGGUGUCUAUGAUGUGCUCUCUGUUCUAUAAUUUUGAAAUAAUUAUCUAUGUGUCUGAUCUACAUGUGUGCCCUAUAAUGGAUUCCAAAUAGCUUUUUAAAUUUUGGAAACCAAUUGUGACAAAGAUACUAAGAAUCUAAAAGAUUUAAUAUACAAGAUUAUAAACAUAAUCAGUAGGAUCGUGGGUGCAAAAUUUAAUUAUUUUAUUUAGCAUGUAAAUGCCAGUUUUGUUGGCACUUGAUAGAAUUUGUAUUCAUCUAUAGAAUGAGAAUAUCGAUGAAAUCGGUUAGGGCAUAAAAUGAAUAUGACAAAAUCUCUGCAAAAGUGCAAGUGUUCUCAAUCUAUAGAGAAGAAUAAUAAAUAUAUAAAAUUACAAUUAAAUAUAAUAAAUAAAUAUUUAUUACGACUUAUAAUACUAGUCUCAGGUUGAAGACCACGAAGUUGCUCAUAUUUCACCGAGAAAAUAUUAUUUUGAAAUGUAAUUCAGGCAGUAGCUUACUUUCUUCUUUUGAAUUCCUUAGAUAGCUAAUAAACUAUCUACUACAUUGAAACUCACAACUACAUGAGUAUUUUUGAGUUUAUAAAGUUUCUAUUAACUUACUAAUUCAGAAUGCCCUAAAAAUUACUAUAAUGAGGCUGGAUAUAUUGACGGCUCUAACUAAGAAUGGAAUGAAAUCUGAAGUAGUUCAGAGAGAUAAUUUCAUCUAUUUACUUUGCAUUUUUACCAAAACAUUCUUAAGCGAUUGUAAAAAGAAGCAGCGCUUUAUAAAAGCAAUCAAAUCAAUUUUACAAUCAGUAUGUACCAAUUUAAACAUUACAAUUCUAAUUUUUUUAAUUAAUAUAAGCCACAUAUAUAUCGUUAAUAAGUUUUAAAAUUGAUUAAUAGUAGGCACCUACCUAAAAUGCUUCACAUGUUUGUGUUACAUUAUCAAAAAAGAAACAAAACAUUGUAUUUAAUUGAUAGCAGCAUUUAGAUACCUAAAUAUAAUUUAGUUUAGUUCAUGACAGAAUUUAUUUCAUCUAUUAUAUAAUUAUCCUACUCGAUGUUUUAAUUUAUAUUUGUCCAAUCAUUAUUUUUAGGUGUCGAUUUUUAUUUCUUUCGCAAAACUUAUUAAUUGAGAAAGUUGCUCUUUCUUUUUUGCUUAAAUUUCAAGGUUUAACUGAUAUGAUGAUAUUUUGUAUCGAUGCACUUUAAACUCAAGGGAAACACUAUUAGUUUAAUAAAAUCCUAAAAAGAUAAAAUGAGAUGAAAGAACUUUGUAAUAAACAAAACAUAUUGCUUACAUACUGUAGAUACUUGAGAUGUGGCAUUUUCAUCAUCGUUGCAUAACAGUUCUAAACUCGGGAUGUAAAAGUUAGUUAUCUAUAUUUUCAAUAAAAUAUCAGCCUAUGCAGCAUGACGGUAAUAUGUUGUAGAUAACUACAUGACAUGUUUUAUUAGUUAUAAAAUCCACAACGUAAUGUCUACGUUGAGACUUUAUAACUGCAAUAAAACAAUCUCUCACUUAAAUAUUUGUAGAUAUAGGUAAGACAUUAGAUUAGUGCAGCUAGAAAAACCCAUUGUAUAAAUGUAUAUAUAGAGUAGAAAUAAUGAAAGAAAUUAUCUAAGAAAGUUUAAUAGAAUCCUAUAAUGUCGCUUUACUUACAUUAUAAUUUUAGGACCUCUUUACACUUGGUUCAAAGCAUAACGCAUGUUUAGGGAGUUUUGUAAUUUUCUUAAAAAAUAAAUAUUUGUUAUCUUUGCUCAAUGUGCAAAGGGUCCAUUAGAAAUUAGAAAUAUAAUAUAUUCUAGUCAUUGCUUCAACGGAUGAGUGGAUCUAGUCAUUUGUAAUAUAGUAUUGAAUCCUAGUCAUUAAUGUUUAAUAUAUUAUUUUUAUAUGUAGUUUAAUAUAUGUACUUCGAACAUAAUUAUGUAAAUGAGGUUGAGAACAGUUAGAUUGAUCAAUUAUCUUAUCAGUGUUUGCGAUCAUAUUGAUAAAGUUAACUAAAUUUGCUAUAACUAACCUACUUUCGAGACUUUUGAUUUUUAUAAAAACUGCAACUAAAAUGUACCUAUUUGAGACAAAACUAUUAUAAAAAAGUCAAUUUUGUUGAAACCGGAAUACUCAAAUAUAUUGAAAUGAAUACAUAUAAAUACAAUUGGACAAAUUACGCAGCGUUGUCUAGUCCCAAAUUAAGUAGAGCUUGUAGGUACCUGCUACAGUUUUAAGUAUUGUGGUACCAAAUAUAGUUUAAUAAACCCAGAUACGAAUUUCAAUAAGGUACAUGACAUAUUUAAGACACAUUAUGUAUAAGAUACGAUUAUAUUUAGAUACAACUUUAGAUAAGUAUUCGGAAGUACUGCAAUCAUAAUUUCAUGAAAGUAGAAUAUCACAAUUUUGUUUAGAUAAAUUCAUAUGCCAAAUGAUCAUAUACAUACUAGUAUACGUAUAUGAUUGCAUCCUAAUUUUCAUUGCAAAACUAGAAUAUGAUUGGUUCACUACUCAUAUACUCAUACAUCGCACAAUUUUUUACUAAAACUAGUUUUAUGUAAGAAAGUAAUUUAAUCAGGUUGAAGUGACGUGAAAUGUUAUGAUUAGUAGCGUAUUGUGUAAGAGCCUAUUUAGCUAUUCGAAAAUUAGUACAACUUCAAGUUCAAAAAUUCCGGACUACCGAAACUAGUUCUGAAGAAUUUUAUUUCCAUUCUACUUGAAGUACAGAUUGUAA